AUGAAGUGGCUAAAAGAAUAUCAAAAUCAAGAGGUGUCCCUGAUUGGUGAUGAUGAACUUACCAAAGGCAGAAGCUCGUUUCUCCAGAUGCUAUAUGAAUUUGAUAUAAUAAGCACAUCUCUUCCAGACAUAACGAAUCCAAACAUGAAGCCCACGUAUGUAUCAGAAUUAACGUCUUUGUCCUUUGAUGUGCCUUCGUGUCCCAAGAAUAGAAGGCUUAAAGGGCUUGAUAUAACUUUCAAAUAUACAACAAUAUCAGGUGAUGAUGAUUGGGCAUGGUUCUGUAAAAUCAAUACGACCAAUGGUGUUGAGUUGAUGUACAACCCCAAAGUCUUUGGCAAAACUGAUUCUGCUAAAGUUGGUAUAUGGUUUAGUUAUUGGCCAAUUGGAAACACAUUGAAAAUUGGGGAUAAAGUUAAUGUCAUGAUUGUUGUGAUGAGUUGGGAAUGA